AUGUCUAAAAUUUCAUUUUUCGAUAUAUCCUUAUUUCAAUUGAUAGGCUAUGCCUUAUUAAUACUUCUCGCUAAAUUAUUAUAUCAUUUGAUAUAUAAUUUAUAUUUAAGUCCACUCAGUAAAAUACCGAGUUCAUUCCUUUGCUCUAUAUCAAGUAUACCCAUAAUUUUAAGAAAACCUGAAGGAAAAAUUUUUAAAUGGUUUUUUUGUUUACACGAACAAUUUGGUCCCGUAGUUCGUAUAGGUCCUUCUUUCGUUUUAUUUUCUAGUAAAAAUGCUGUAACGCAAAUUCUUUCAACUGAUAAUUUACCAAAAUCUGAUUCUCUUGCUGGAAUUCGCUCUGAUCCUAACUUCCCUACUUUAUUUUCUGCUACUGAUAAACCUUUUCAUCAAAAACGUCGUAAACUUUUAUCUUCUGCUUUUUCAAUUAAAUAUAUUUCUACUCUUGAACCUUUAAUGCGUUCUUGUACAGAUGUAUUAUUACAAAAAAUUUCAUCUCUUUCUAAUAACUCUAAUAACUCUAAUAAUGUUAAUAAUACUUUAAAUAUUUAUGAGUUGGUACAAGCUUGUACUCUUGAUAUAAUUGGUGAAACCGCUUUCGGUGGUUCUUUCAAUAUAGUUGAAAAAGGAAAUCAUCCUUUACCUGAAAAAGUUUUUCAAGAAUUAAAAAGACGUUUCAUUUUGAAAAUCAUAAAAGAACGAAGAGAACUCAAUGCUCAAGGCAAAAAACGUAAUGAUAUUCUUCAAACCUUACUUGACUCCAAAGAAGUAACUGAAGACCCAUUAACAGAAUUCGAAAUUCAAGAUCAAAUUAUGGAAUUCUUAAUUGCCGGUAGUGAUACUGGUUCUCUUACAAUAAAUAUGGCUCUGAUAAUGCUUCUUAAUCAUCCUAAAAAACUUGAAGCUUUAGUCUCCGAACUUGAUUCUCUAAAUCUUCAUCAAUCUUCUUCAAAUAUAAUUCCAUCUCAUGAUUCCUUAAAAAAUCUUAAAUACUUGAAUGCUGAAAUUUGGGGUCCUGAUGCUGAUGAUUUUGUACCUGAACGUUGGUUAAAUUCUGAAAAUUUUUCAACUUAUAAAGGUGCUUUUUAUGGCUUCGGAGCUGGUUCCCGUAAUUGUAUUGGUGUUAAUUUCGCUUGGAUGGAAAUGAGAUUAUUAUUGGCUAGUUUAUUAUUAAAUUUUAAGUUUGAAAUGGUCGAAAAUCAAGAUUUGGAUCUUGUACAUUUUAUUACUCCUGCUUUAAAAUCAAAAAAGUUUCUG